GCCCAAGCCACCAUUUUGGCGCCCGCCGGAAAGCCAUGCCAUGCGCCAUAGCACCGCUGGUCGUGGAGUCCGAUGAAGAGCUAGGCACGCGACGAAAAGUCUCAGGUAUAGAAAAUGCUGGAACACGAAACUGUGUCAUAGGUCUUUCCUUCAUUUUUCUGGCGGUUGGAUGCGUGGUUUGGGUGAUCCGUGACCGCCGUGACCCUCUCAGAAGCGCUCCGACGGAGUCGGUGACGGAGGCGGUGGGGCUGCCGCAGGAGGGGCCGAUGAAGUCCAAAUUUGUCACCAAUAGCCCAUGGAAAACUGGGAGAUUGAAGGCUGGCAAGCGGAGUCUCAUUGAUGCUUUCAAGGAUGCCUUUCCAAAUGAGAAAGAUUGGUGGGCGACAAGUUUUCCAGCAUCGAAUCAUCCGGACAAGACCUGGUGGUGGCAAGAUGUCGUUUAUUGGGCGCAGUACGAGCUGCUGAACCGCACCAACCACACCUUUCCAGACGGCAAGGUGCCGAUUCCCGUGGCAAAGCAUGGGGAUGAUCAACUGGAUCCAGGACACUAUGUGGGCUACACCCGGCGGCAGGUUUGCUAUUUGGCCGCUGCAGCCUUGACAGGCGCAGAAGUGGAUGGCUAUGCGAAUGGCCUCACGCGCUAUUUGUCCAAGAAAGGCCCUGACGGAUGCCUGCCGCGGAAAAGCCUCUUUGGAAAAGCUCUCUUUGGGCUGCUGACCACCUGUGCGGCCGAUCCGAUGCUGUCAGGUGGUUUGCAUGGACCCAUGCUGUUGGUGGUGAAGCACAAAACCAUCCCGAACCUCGAGUCGCAGUUGAAGAAUUGGUCAAAGACGUUGCCCAUGUCGGAGAGCGGUUUCCGUUUGUGCCGAUACGAGGAAGGCUCCGUGUACAAGCAGGGAUUUCUGCCUGGAAUUCCCAACUCCCCAAAGGAGCUUUGCAGCCAGCCCACCAGCAAUGGACCUGGCGUCGAUUACCUCUCCACGCCAGCGCUCAAGCAGGCACUGGUGGAUUCCAGUGGCCCCUGGGUCGGAGGUAACUUGUAUGGCGGGAGUUGCGGCACAGAAGGCAAUUUAGAAGAGGCCCUCAUGGCGUUCAUGCCUGAGGUGGCUGUGCUGAGCUUAUUUUUGUCCCAAGAUUUACAGCAUCCUCAACUCCGAGCCCCAGCCUGGGUGCUGGGUGCGCGGAUGAUCCUCACAGGUUUGGAUGGAACCAGGCAUUGGACCAACUGGCGAACCAAUCCAGAUAUGGCCUUCAGGACGGGCUUGACCACCCUAGAACUGGAGGGCCAACAGAUGCUGGUGAGCAACAGGAAGCCCUUCGUGGCAGCAGUGCCGGCCUUUCAGGUGCGACUGUGA